UCCCACUUAAAUCAAGAAAACAUGUUCUCGAAGGUACGUCGCUCCCCCAGUGCCAGACGUCACUCAUAUGCAUGCGACGCGGCCAUGAUGCUAUUGCGGCGGCUGUUAUCUAAGCGUCUCGCUCGAUGACCAACAACCCCCUCCGAACCUGUCCGGAGCUGACUUCUCUUGAACCCACAGUCGCUCUUGAACGCAGCUAAGCCUGUGGCCGCGCGCAAUGCUGUUUCCCGCCGAAGUACGUUGCGCCGUUCUACGUUGAUGCGAUUGUGGUGUUGCUGGCAAUCCGGCAAAAUUUCUCCGGACGUGCGGAGCAAAUGAGCGAUUUCAUGUGCUGACCUGCGAUCCCGUCUGUAGCCAUGGCGACUACCGUCGAGUCCGACAUCUUCAAGCCUACAAAGUUUGGAGGCAAAUACACCGUCACCUUGAUUCCCGGUGACGGUAUCGGUGCCGAAGUCUCGGAGUCCGUCAAGACUAUCUUCAAGCAGGACAACGUUCCCGUGGAUUGGGAGCAGGUCGACGUGACCGGUGUGCAAAGCGGGAAGGUCGACCCAGAGCUUCUCUUCAGGGAGUCUGUCAACUCUUUGAAGCGCAACAAGGUCGGAUUGAAGGGUAUCCUCUUCACCCCUGUUGAGCGGUCCGGUCACCAGUCGUUCAAUGUCGCGCUCCGCCAGGAAUUGGACAUCUACGCGUCGGUGGUCAUGAUCAAGAACCUGCCCGGAUACAAGACCCGUCACUCCAACGUAGACAUGUGCAUCAUCCGUGAGAACACUGAAGGAGAAUACUCGGGCUUAGAGCACCAAUCGGUCCCCGGUGUCGUUGAGUCCCUCAAGAUCGUCACCAAGAUGAAGUCGGAGCGCAUCUCCAAGUUUGCCUUCUCCUUCGCGACCGCCAACAACCGCAAGAAGGUCACUUGUAUCCACAAGGCAAACAUCAUGAAGCUCGCCGACGGUCUUUUCCGCAGGACAUUCCAGGAGGUGGCCAAGCAGUACCCCCAGAUCGAGACCAACGACAUGAUCGUCGACAACGCCUCGAUGCAGGCUGUUUCCCGGCCCCAGCAGUUCGACGUUCUCGUCAUGCCCAACCUUUACGGAUCCAUUUUGUCCAACAUCGGUGCGGCGCUCGUUGGUGGUCCCGGUAUCAUUCCUGGUGCCAACAUGGGUCGAGAGCACGCGGUUUUCGAGCCUGGCUGCCGUCACGUCGGUUUGGAUAUCAAGGGCAAGGACCAGGCCAACCCCACCGCCAUGAUCCUUUCCGCCACCAUGAUGCUGCGGCACUUGGGUCUCGACGACCACGCCACUAGGAUUUCUAAGGCUGUUUACGGUGUCAUCGCUGAUGGUAAGGUCCGCACCAAGGACAUGGGCGGAAACAGCUCCACCCACGACUUUACCAACGCUGUUCUCCACAAGAUGGAGACGAUCUUGUAGUUAUGACAGCUGGAAAGCGGUGGGCCUCUUUUGAAUAUGACCCAUCUUAACGGUAAAUGUUUCUUUUCCUCUUCUCUUGAGCGACGAAUCGUUUGGGACAAUGGAACUGGGUGUGUGGGUAAGGGAUGAGAAGGGGGAGGGGGAAAAGUCGUUACGGCGGGAGCCGGGGCGUGAAUUUGGGUCCAGGACACAGG